AUCAUUUGUUUUACUUAAAUUCCAAUAAUCUAAUUUGCUUAUGCAUGUUUUGAAAAAUAAAUCUUUGAAAAUCGUUAGAUACAAUACCAUUGCGUCUCGGUAUUGAAGUGAAAAUUAAUUUAAAAAAAUACUCAUUUAUAAUAGUCACAUUUAACAACAAACCUUAAAACUAUGUAGGCUACUAAAGGUCAGUUAUGUUUCUGCCCUGAUUUUCAUUUCAGGAAACUUGGAAAACCCUUUAUUUCAGAAGUAAAAACGAUGUAAAAGGGCAGAGUUUAUUAAUUUAUAUUUCCUAGCUAUUUAACCGAUAUUUUGUUGCAUCUUUCACACAUUUCACACAAUUUAUUUUGUUAAUGAGCCAUUGUAGCCUUAUCGGUCAUUCUCACAAUUUCCAAUGCUGUUCCGUAUUUAAAUUAGCGUAUUUUUUUGCAGAUGCAUCAAAUUGUUGCGAGACUUUUUAGCAUUAUUUUAUUAAUUUAACUUUCACUUUAAGACUAAAACAGGACAUCGUAUUUUAUUAUUAAAAUGUAUAUUUACCGGACUGAACUAAAUUGAAAAAAAAAAACAUCAAUUUGGGCUUCUUCAUAAAAUAUUAUCAUUAUUAUAAGCCUACUGUAAUUAUAAUUUUUAUUCAAAUUAACAAUAACAAUAUAUAAUGUUUUUUUUAUUUUCUAUAUUCGAUUUCAGCACCACACCCGCGGACAGCGCAUUUUCUUACUCUGGAAUUUAGUUUGUAAACGUGGUAUUUCCUUAUUGAAGCUGUUUACUUUUAAAAUUUUAAGAUUGAACUUUUAUGAAAAGGUCAUCAGCUUAAUUGUUAUGCCACUGUAAAUAGCUUUAUUUAUUCCUGUCGGCUUUUCAUAAAAUACAUGAACGAUGCAAUGAACAAAAAAUACUCAGAGUGUCGCUGUUCAACAAGAGUGGAAAGUCAUGCGUCUCUCCUCCUAUAUUUAAUAUAUUCAUCUGCAGCUCUGUCUGAGAAUAAACCUGACACAAAAUGGAGUAAACGUCCGUCGAUGCUGAGAAAAUUAUUUUAUUAGCAUUCGUUAACAGUUACUGUUUGGCAAACAGACCAUUAGAAAAAUCAAAUAUCCAAAAAUGGAAAUCGGAUUUUCAGUUCACUUUUGUGCGUGUGUUGUAGCUCUUCUCGUCUUUCUUGUGGAAAUCUAUUGUGCAGAUUUGAGCUACAACAUUGCAGAAGAGACGAAACGCCAGUAUGUUAUUGGAAAUGUAGCCAAGGAUCUCGGGAUUGAUGCAAAACAAUUUUCUGCUCGAAAGGCUCGGAUAGAAACAGAGGACAACAGCAAACGGUAUUGUGAUAUUAAUCCAAAUUCCGGUGAUUUAAUCGUGACAGAGACAAUAGACCGGGAGGAGAUGUGUGGUUCUCGCAUUUCGUGCAUUCGCAGUUACGAGCUUGUACAAGAAAAUCCUCUUGAGGUGCAUCGUAUAAUUUUACAAAUUCAGGAUAUCAAUGACAACGCACCGCGAUUUCCAAAUGAGCGCAUUAACUUUGAAAUCAGAGAAUCAGCAGAUAAAGGCCAGCGAUUCCGUUUGGAUGAGGCACAUGAUUCAGACAUUGGACAUAACGCAGUGAAGAGCUACUUACUACAGAAAAAUGAACAUUUUGUUUUAAAUGUACAUAAUACUGCAGAUGGAGGAAAAUACGCCGAACUCGUACUGGAAAAGGAACUGGAUCGUGAACAACAGAAGGAGAUAGAAAUGAUACUCACAGCAACUGAUGGUGGUACACCACAGAGAUCUGGUACUGCUGUCAUACACAUUACUGUUCUAGAUGCUAAUGAUCAUGUACCAGUAUUCAGUCAGUCUGUUUAUAAGGUUACUCUGCCUGAAAAUACACCGUCAGGUACAUCAGUAAUCACAGUGAGUGCCACAGAUGCUGAUGAAGGUCUAGACGGUGAAGUAUCAUAUGAAUUCAGCAGAAUUUCAGAUAAAGCUGCAAAAUUAUUUUCUGUAGAAAAAACAACAGGACAGAUUGUAGUGAUUGGGGAACUUGAUUAUGAGGAAGAACAAAAUUACGAAAUGGGAAUUCAGGCCAAAGACGCAUCUGGAUUAUCAUCAACUGCUAAAGUGAUCAUAGAUGUAAGUGAUGUGAAUGACAAUCCACCCAGAAUCAUUCUGAAAUCUUUGAAUAACCCGAUACCUGAGAAUUCAUUGCCAGGUACUGAGGUGGGUAUCAUUAAUGUUCAAGACAAAGAUUCAGGAGAAAAUCGGCAGAUUCGUUGUUCUGUUCAGCAAAAUGUUCCUUUCAAACUAAACCCAUCUGUUAAAAACUAUUUCUCUCUAGUAACUACAAACACUCUCGAUCGAGAGAAACAAUCAGAUUACAAUAUAACUGUCACAGCAACUGAUGGAGGAUCUCCACCAUUAUCCACCUCCAUGACAAUUAAUUUAUCUAUCUCAGAUGUGAAUGACAAUCCUCCUGUAUUUGAGCAGCAGUCCUACAGUACUUAUGUGACUGAAAACAACAAACCAGGCACAUCUGUUUGUUCAGUCAGUGCAAAUGAUCCAGACUGGAGGCAGAACGGCACUGUACUUUACUCUCUGAUAUCCAGUGAGGUCAAUGGUGUUCCAGUGUCGUCAUUUUUAUCUAUUAAUGGAGAUACAGGAGUGAUCCAUGCUGUAAGAUCAUUUGACUAUGAGCAGUUCAGAAACUUUACAGUCCAAGUUGUUGCCAGAGAUAAUGGCUCUCCACCUCUCAGCAGUAAUGUGACUGUGAAAGUCUUCAUAACAGAUGAGAAUGAUAACUCUCCACAGAUAUUAUAUCCUGUUCCAGAUGGAAAAUCUCUGAUGACUGAGAUGAUCCCUAAAGCGACUCUCUCAGGCUCUCUGGUCUCAAAGGUGAUCGCUGUGGAUGCUGACUCUGGACAGAACGCAUGGCUCUCCUAUCAGAUUGUGAAGUCUACUGAUCCGGGACUUUUCAGCAUUGGUCUCCAUAGUGGAGAGAUCAGAACACAACGAGACAUUUCUGAAUCUGACAAUAUGAAGCAGAACCUCAUCAUUUCAGUGAAGGAUAACGGACAACCAUCUCUCUCUACAACCUGUGCUGUAAAUCUACUAAUUUCUGACAACCCUUCUGAAGUUCCAGAACUUAAAGAUAUGACUUAUGAGGAGAGCAACUCCAAAUUAACGUCAUACUUGAUCAUUGCAUUAGUGUCCGUGUCCACCUUCUUCUUGACGUUCAUUACAUUGAUUCUGGUCCUGAAGGUUUGUCGCAGGAGAAAGCCCAGACUGUUGUUUGAUGGAGCAGUCGCUGUCCCCAGCGCUUAUCUGCCUCCUAACUAUGCAGAGGUGGAUGGAGCAGGAACUCUCCGCAGUGCUUACAAUUACGACACGUAUUUAACAACAGGAUCGCGAACAAGUGACUUCAAGUUUGUUACAUCUUAUAAUGACAACACACUUCCUGCUGGAUGUACUCUGAAACAGGAACACAACAGACACUUUGACUCGAGCAUGAUAACACUAGACGUUACAGAAGAUGACGAUGAGGUAAGAACAAAUCCUAAGUCUUAAAUUUUGAUUCAUGAAUGUAAGGAUAAAUGUAUGGCCAAUGCUGAAUGUUAAAUCUACAAUAAUAGCUGGUUUACAAGAAUACAAAGUCGUUGUGGAGAAAACUGUAUCCUGUAUUGUUAUGACAUUAGCUUUGGUUUGUGAGGAAUAUCCUAAAUGUAUGUUUUUCCUGACUUAACUUUGUAUUUGAUAUUUGAUGUUUAACAAUAAUUAUUUAGCAAUUAACAGUAUUAUUGAACCUUUUAACAAAAAAGUGUCAUUGGGAUUUACAUUUACAUUAUAAUCUUGAUAGGGGUUGUUUCCCAGGCAGGGAUUAGCUUAGGCCAGGACUAGGCCUUAGUUUAAUUAGGAAAUAUAACUAGUUUGAACAAACAUGCCUUACUAAAACAUUACUUGUGUGCAUUCUGAGGCAUAACAAUGGACACUGAUGUAUUUUAGGAUAUGUCAGUGUAAGUUGUUUGGACAGCUCUUACAUUUAUUUUAGUCUAUGACUAGUCUAAUCACUGUCGGGAAACCGCCCCUAUAUCUGUUUUAUCUUUAAACAAACUAUAAACCUUUUUUUUUUAAUUUUUCCAUUACAACCUUAGUGAAAAAUAAAUAUGCUAAGUAUAUUACAUUUUGUAAUACAUGCAGCUAGACUGAUGACCAGCAUACUUCAAGUGUUUUAAUGAUUUAUUAACUAUAGAAGUGCUAUUUUGGAACAACUAAAUUUCUACUAAGUUAUAUUAGUUGUUGUUAAAUUGUAGUUUAGCACAAUCUGAAGUGUAUUUAGUGAACUUGUAUGUGCUAAAGAGAAACAACUUAAGCUUUGUACACUUUAUAUACUGUAUAUAAGUGAAUAGUUGAGUCGGAUCAGUGCAAUAAAUUUCUUUAAUUGGUAACAUCUCCACACUUUGUUUAUCAAAUAAAAGGUUUCAAAUAGUUGGUUAAAA